AUGAAGCUCGCUUAUCUGUUCAUCGUCCUUGUCGCCCUGCCUUCCGUGUUCCCCAGCGCGGAGGACAAGGGUAAGGUGGAGGAUGGGUUUGAGGUGGAGGACUCGGUUAUCCCAGAGGUCCCUACAGAGAGCCGGUCUCGCUUCGCCAUGCUGGACGACGUGCGGCUGCUGGCCAACGGGCUCCUUCAGCUGGGCCACAGCCUCCGGGAGUUUGUGCACAAGACCAAGGGCCAGAUCAACGACAUCUUCCAGAAGCUCAGCAUCUUCGACAGGUCCUUCAGCCAGCUGUCGGAGGUCACCACCGAGAUCAAGGAGAAGGAGGAGGAGCUGAAGAAGACCACCACCUUCCUCAAGGCCAACAACGAGGAGAUCAAGAGCCUGUCGCUGGAGAUGAGCUCCAAGAUGAACAGCAUCAUGCAGGAGCGGAGCCAGCUGCAGAACAAGGUGGGCGGCCUGGAGGAGAAGCUGAGUGGCCUGUCCCAGAGCCUGCCCCCUGUGGAGCAGCUGAACGAGAUCUCCGCACUCAGGGAAGUGAUUGAUGCCCAGGACAAGAGUAUCACAGACCUGCUGAGGGCAGUGAGGGAGCAGAAUGAUCAGCUGAACUACCAGAAGAACAAGAUCAAAUCCCUGGAGGAGCGGCUCAACUACGACUCUUUCCAAGAAACUGCUGAUAAAACAUCCGACUCUCACCCUGAGACGCCCAUUCUUCAAUAUCUGUCCAGUAACUCCACCAACAGCAGCUUUGACAUUGACGACCUUCCUGCAGACUGCAGUGAGAUUUUCAAAAGAGGAGAGAGAAGCAGUGGCAUGUACCCCAUCAAGCCAAAUCAAUCUGAGCCAUUUUAUGUGUACUGCGAAAUGACUGCAGAUGGAGGCUCCACUGUCAUCCAGACACGCCGGGACGGGUCUGUGGAUUUCGACCAGACAUGGGAGAAGUACGAAAAUGGAUUCGGGGACCUUGAGAGGGAGUUCUGGCUGGGUCUGAGGAAGAUUCACGCCAUCUCCAGCCAGGGAGGCGACUCCAUCCUGCGCAUUGAGCUGGAGGACUGGAAGCAGGGCAGACGCUCCGUAGAGUACCGCUUCACCCUGGAGGGCCCCGCCUCCCAGUACGCUCUCCAGCUGACGCACCUGUCUGGAGAUCUGCCCGACGCCAUGAGCAACCACACCGGCACGAGGUUCUCCACGAAGGACCGCGACAACGACAACAAGGAGGACUCAAACUGCGCCCAAGAUUACACAGGUGGCUGGUGGUUCAAUGCCUGCGGCGAUGCCAAUCUAAACGGAAAAUACAUCCACAUCAGACCGAAGGGACGCACGGAACGGAGGAGGGGACUUUACUGGAAGCCCGGUCGAGGGAACUCCUACUCUGUCAGGGCAACCAAGAUGUCAGUUCGUCCCUUGCCCAUUGACAGCAGCUCCCGCUAA